AUGACACGAUCGCAGCGUGAGGAGUAUCUUGCGAUAGCUCCCAGCAAGCGUCCAAAGUUCACCCCAUCAGCAUGGGGUAUGAGAGAUAGGGUCGUAGCCUCUAUAGCAUGCUGGAUCUCCAUGGCUGAAAGUAUAUCGACUUUGAUACAAAUUUCUAUUUUCUAA